UCAUUUUGGUCGCUUGUACCCGUGAUCUUAUCCUUUCGGUCAUAACCCAAAGCUCAUGACCAUAGGUGAGGAUGGGAGCGUAGAUCGACCGGUAAAAUGAGAGCUUUGCCUUCCGGCUCAGCUCCUUCUUCACCACAACGGAUCGAUACAGCGUCCGCAUUACUGAUCUGCCUGUCGAUCUCUUGAUCCACUCCACCCUCACUCGUGAACAAGACUCCGAGGUACUUGAACUCCUCCACUUGGGGCAAGAUCUCCUCCACAACCCGGAGAUGGCACUCCACCCUUUUCCGGGCGAGAACCAUGGACUCGGACUUGGAGGUGCUGAUUCCAUCCCAGUCGCUCAACACUCGAACCGAUCCAGGUUUUGAAGAGUUUUCCCACGUGUGAACAUGCCCUGUUGUGCAGCACCGGGCUGCUCCUAUCGGAACACCUCGGGGAAGCAUAUGCACCGCUUUCCCCGCGACCCGGAGAGGAGAAAAAUAUGGGAAGUGAACGUUGGCCGGGAAGGCUGGAGAGCCAACGACUACAGUAUCUUGUGCGAGGAUCAUUUUGACGAGACACAAUACGAGCAACGUAGAGCCGACGGCCUAAAGAAGUUGAGAACAAAUGCCGUGCCAACACUGUUUGCAUUUAGCACGAUGAUUGUGCUGCCAACGAGACAUCAGAGGACAUACAGAGCGGAUGCAUCGCCUCCUAAGUCUAAGAGGAUACAACUGGAACACGCAUAUUAUCAGCGAUCUCUUCUCGCUGGCACUCGGGAGAAACCAAUUCAUCAUAGUGAAGAUGGCGUCUCGCAGCUGAAUGAGGAGGCUCCACACGCCCUCCACGUUAAAGAGGAAGAUGAGGAACUCUGGAUCACUCAGGAGGGAGAGUGUCUUCUCGGGCAGGAGGAGGCUGAUCUCACCCAGUUGCCACUGACUGUUGUCUCUGUGAAGACUGAAGAAGAUGAAGACAAAACACCAGACUCUUUUCAUCGGUGUCCUUCAGACGUCCAGGAGGUGGUUGAACAUCCAGAAGAACUUCACCCUCAAUCACCCGCAGGGAGCUCUACUUUUAAGCAGGAAAUUCCACAGCCACCCCACAUUAAAAAUGAAGAGGACGACCUCUGGAUCACUCAGGAGGGAGAGUGUCUUCGGGGACCGCAGGAGGCUGAUUUUACCAAGUUUCCACUGACUGUUGUCUCUGUGAAGACUGAAGAUGAUGAAGAGAAACCACAAGUAGACAACCUCUUAGCUCCACUAUCAGACAGUGAAUCUGAAGGCGAGGUUGAAGUACCUUUGAGCAGCGAUACAGACUCUGAAGGUGAUAUGCGGAUUCAUACUGACAACAAACACUCUGAAUGCUCUAAAAAGAAGAGAGGUAAAAAAUGUUUUAGCUGCUCGGUUUGUGCUAAAAUUUUUACUCACAGGAGCAAUUUGGAUAAACAUAUGAGAACGCACACAGGAGAAAAACCAUUCAAUUGUUCAAUUUGUCCAAAAAGCUUUUCUUUAAAGACUCAUUUGAUUCAACACACGAGAACGCACACAGGAGAAAAACCAUUUAAUUGUUCAGUUUGCGGCAAAGGCUUUACUCAAAAUGGCAGCUUGACUCAACACUUGAGAACGCACACAGGAGAAAAACCAUUCAAAUGCGCGGUGUGCGGUACAAACUUUUUUUCCAGAGCAGGGUUGACCCUGCACACAAUGAAACACACGGGGGAAAAAACGUUUAAUUGUUCAAUUUGCGGUAAAAGCUUUACUCACAAGGGAAGUCUGGCUCAACAUGUGAGAACCCAUACAGGAGAUAAACAAUUCAGUUGCUCAACUUGUAGUAAAAGCUUUUCUCUUAAAAGGUAUUUGACUCAACACAUGAAAACACACACAGGUAAAAAGCAAUUAAAUUGCUCUGUUUGUGACAAAAGGUUUUCUCAAAAAAGAAAUUUGACUAAACACAUGACAACUCACACGGGGGAAAAGCAAUCAAGUUGCUCAGUUUUUGGUAAAAGUGUUUACCUCGACACAUAAUGAAAGAAACUGAGGAAAAACCCUUCUUAUUCUCUGUGAAAUUGCUGGAUUGCAAACCUUCAAUAUACUUAUUAUUUUUUCACCUUUAGCAGAACAGAUAUAUACGUGUAUUUGAAAUGUUGAGUUGAGUACACAAACCAAAUAUCAUCCACAAAUAUGUAAAUGUGGUGGAGUGGAUACAUACUCUCUUAAAGGGAAACAUUAUCACAAUUUCAAAAGGGUUAAAAACAAUAAAAAUCAGUUCCCAGUGGCUUGUUGUAUUUUUGGAAGUUUUUUUCAAAAUUUUACCGGUCUCCGAAUAUCCCUAAAUAAAGCUUUAAAGUGCUUUAUUUUCGGCUCUCUGCGAAGACACUGGCCAUUUCCCUGUGACGUCACACAGUGCUGCCAAUGUAAACAAACAAUGGGAAUACCACAGCAAGAUAUAGUGACAUUAGCUCGGAUUCAAACUCGGAUUUCAGCGAUUCAACAGAUUACGCAUGUAUUGAAACAGAUGGUUGGAGUAUGAAAAUAUUGAAGAAGAAACUGAAGCUAUUGAGCGAAUAGCUAUUGACGCUAUUCAUAGCCAUAGCAUGGCCGAAUAGCUGCGUUAGCAUCGCCGGUAAAAUGUGCGGACCAAACGAUCAGGACUUUUGCAUCUUUUGACACUGGAGCAACUUAAAUCCGUCGAUUGUUAAGUGUUUUUUUCGCAUUAAAUGUGGGUGGAAGGAAACGUAAUAUAGUUGCAAAUGCAUCUGCAGGUUAUCCAUACAUCUCUGUGCCAUGUCUGCUUUAGCACCGCCGGUAAAUAGCAUGUUAGCAUCGAUUAGCGUAGCAUGUUAGCAUCGAUUAGCUGGCCGUCAACAUCAACAAAACUCACCUUUGUGAUUUCGUUGACUAUCGUUGCAAAUGCAUCUGCAGGUUAUCCAUACAUCUCUGUGCCAUGUCUGUCUUAGCAUCGCCGGUAAAAUGUGGAGACACUCUGGUACAUUCAAUGGGGAUCUGGGGGCAGACACUUUGGCAUCUUCGGGCCAGUGGUGCAACUUGAAUCCCUCCCUGUUAGUGUUGUUACACCCUCCGACAACACACCCACCAGGCAUGAUGUCUCCAAAGUUCCAAAAAAUAGUCUAAAAAACGGAAAAUAACAGAGCUGAGACCCGGUGUUUGUAAUGUGUUGAAAAUGAAAAUGGUGGGUGUGUUACCUCGGCGACGUCACAUUCUGACGUCAUCGCUUCCAGAGCGAUAAACAGAAAGGCGUUUAAUUCGCCAAAAUUCACCCAUUUAGAGUUCGGAAAUCGGUUCAAAAAAUAGAUGGUCUUUUUUCUGCACCAUCAAGGUAUAUAUUGACGCUUACAUAAGUCUGGUGAUAAUGUUCCCCUUUAAGAACGAAUACUUUUCUCAACUUUUAUAAGUAAUACCAAACUGGCAACCCUCCCAAUUUUCCCGGGAGACUCCCAAAUUUUCGUGCCCCUCCCAAAAAUCUCCCGGGGCAACCAUUCUCCCGAAUUUCUCCCAAUUUCUACCCGGACAACAAUAUCGGGGACGUGCCUUUCGCGUCCUCUCUCACCUGAAAAGUAGACUAUUAUAUAUGUCUCCGUUAUCCACUGGUUGAUUUAUAACCCUUAAAGUAGGCAGGAACGGAGCUAUUUCUCAGCGUGUGUUUAUUCCAGCCAGCACGUUAAUACACUGACACACAACAUCCGGAUUCUCAUCAUGCAUUGCUUCAAAACUACGGCAAGUAGUAAUGUCCAAAAACAUAACAGAGAUGAAGCAGAAGAACAAAGAAGAGACAUGGUGACGACGAGUAAGAAGAAGUACACAUAUAUAUAUUAUAUGUGUAUGCAUAUAUAUAUAUAUAUAUAUAUAUAUAUAAAUGAAUACUUGAAUGAAUUCGGAGGUCUCAAGGUUGGCAAGUAUGUUGACCACAAUUAAAGUAACACUCACAGGAAGUAAAAGUACAUAAGGUAUGGACGUACAUCAUUACUUCACAUCUGGAUGAGUCCACAAAUUAAGCAUUAAGCCACAAAAGACAAUGCUGGACUUAUUCAUGCAUCCAUAAAUGAUGUGUUUAAUGGAUGUCAACUAGAGAUGUCGGCAGUCCAUAUUAUCGGCCAAUAAAUGCUUUAAUAUGUAAUAUCGGAAAUUAUCUGUAUCUGUUUCAAAAAGUAAAAUGUGUGACUUUUUAAAACGCAGCUGUACGGAGUGGUACACGGACGUAGGUAGAAGUACAGAGCGCUAAUACACCUUGAAGGCGCUUCCUUUGCAUGCCGGCCCAAUCACAUAAUAUCUACGGCUUUUCACACACACAAGUGAAAACAAGGCAUAAUUGGUGAACAAGCAUACAUGUCACACUGAUGGUGGCCAUAUAAACAACUUGAACACUGUUACAAAUAUGCGCCACACUGUAAAGCCACACCAAACAAGAAUGACAAACACAUUUCGGGAGAACAUCCGCACCGUAACACAACAUAAACACAACAGAACAAAUACCCAGAAUCCCUUGCAGCACUAGAUCUUCCGGGACGCUACAAUAUGCCCACCUCAACCUCCUCAUGCUCUCUCGAGUAGAGCAUGUCCCAAAUUCCAAGCUGCUGUUUUGAGGCAUGUUGAAAAAAAAAUAAUGCACUCCGUGACUUCUAUAAUAAAUAUGGCAGUGCCGUGUUGGCUUUUUUUUCCGUCAGCUGGCAGGAGAAACAUUGUUGGAGCUGGAGUGAGAGCACGAGUGACAAUUGCUGGAAAGCCACCUGCGGCAUAAUUAAAAAUAAAGACUCUAUUUUAACUCUGA